UACUGAGGCUGGCGGGCGCCUGUGCUCCGGGUUCUAGCCACUCCGCCACCUUCUCCGUCGCCUCGACCGCUGCCCUCGCUCGCCAUGCUCUCCGCCCGCAUCCCGCUCGCCACCAUCACCGACCAGCAGCAGCUGAAGGUGUCGCCGCUGAAGCGACUCCACCUGUCCGAGAAGGAGAACACGCCCCCGAGUCUCAGCGGGACCCGCAUCCUGGCGAGCAAGGCUGCAAGGAGAAUCUUGCUGGACCCGGCCGAACCGGAAAGUAAAGAAUCUACUAAGCCCAGCGUUGAGGAUGAGCCCUUACUGAGAGAAAAUCCCCGCCGCUUCGUGGUCUUUCCCAUCGAAUACCAUGAUAUCUGGCAGAUGUACAAGAAAGCUGAGGCCUCCUUCUGGACGGCUGAGGAGGUCGACCUCUCCAAGGAUAUUCAACACUGGGAAGCGCUGAAACCCGACGAGAGACAUUUUAUAUCUCACAUCCUGGCUUUCUUUGCGGCGAGUGAUGGCAUAGUCAAUGAAAACCUGGUGGAGCGCUUUAGCCAAGAAGUUCAGGUUACAGAGGCCCGCUGUUUCUAUGGCUUCCAAAUUGCCAUGGAAAACAUACAUUCUGAAAUGUACAGUCUCCUCAUCGACACUUACAUUAAAGAUUCCAAAGAGAGGGAAUAUCUCUUCAAUGCUAUUGAGACAAUGCCUUGUGUGAAAAAGAAGGCCGACUGGGCCCUGCGUUGGAUUGGGGACAAAGAAGCUACCUAUGGAGAACGAGUUGUGGCCUUUGCUGCUGUGGAAGGGAUCUUCUUCUCUGGCUCUUUUGCGUCAAUAUUCUGGCUCAAGAAACGGGGACUGAUGCCUGGCCUUACGUUUUCCAACGAGCUUAUUAGCAGAGAUGAGGGUUUACACUGUGACUUUGCCUGCUUGAUGUUCAGGCACCUGGUACACAAGCCGUCGGAGCAAAGAGUACAAGAAAUCAUCAUCAACGCAGUGAGGAUAGAGCAGGAGUUUCUCACAGAGGCCCUGCCUGUGAAGCUCAUCGGGAUGAACUGCGCCCUGAUGAAGCAGUACAUCGAAUUCGUGGCGGACAGGCUUAUGCUGGAGCUGGGGUUCAGCAAGAUUUUCAAAGUAGAAAAUCCGUUUGACUUCAUGGAAAAUAUUUCACUAGAAGGAAAGACAAACUUCUUUGAGAAGCGAGUGGGCGAGUAUCAGAGGAUGGGGGUGAUGUCAAAUUCAGCAGAGAAUUCUUUCACCUUGGAUGCUGACUUCUGAGCAAACUGCCUGCUCUUUGCUGAUUAUUGUUCUCCCCUUGUCAUAAAAAAAUCAGCAAAAGCAAUCAAUUGGCUACACCAUGAAUUUGUUAACCGGUAUCUAAGAACUGGGUAGCUACCUCAGUUGGUCCCUUUUGGCUAGUUGUGUCACUAGAGGAAGGAUGUUAAAGGUACUCAGAUUCUUAGGGGAGAUUCUGCCCUUGGCUUCUGGGAGUAGUGUGUGAUAGCCUUUGGCCCCAAGCACCA